AUGGAUGCUUUCCGGGGAGAAAUAACGGAACGUACCUGCCGGUUCUGUUUAAAGCAAACCGCACGAAUCACAUCGCUCUUUGAUCGGUUCGCGCCGGAAGAAAUUGGCGAACAUCUGCAGGUCUUACUGGGGCUACAGGUUGCGCCGGAUGAUAAGCACCUGAACGUGUGCAGAAAGUGUGAAAGACAAAUGAAGCUGGUAUUCAGUAUUAUGGUCGAAUUCCGGAGAGCCAACGAGGUGUUCUGUGCGCUACUGAAAAAACAGAGCAUUACUCAAGAGUUGGAGAUUGUGCUAGACGAGAAAGCGUUGAUCGCAGUGACGGAACCAUCACGGUCGGAAGAUGUUGAAUUUUUGGUCGAUCAAGAGUCUGUUGAUUUUUCUGACGUUGAAGAGGGCCCCAUAAAAGAGGAGAAACUCGAAACUAUUGAUUUUGAAACGGACUUCCAGCUGCACGAAAAUGAUGCACAACCAACGAUUGGCGAAAAACCGGACCCCUUAUGGGAACGGACCCCUGUGCUUUCACGGGAACGGUUUUGCUACAUUUGCCAAUCUUUCGCCGAAACCGGCUAUUCAUUCGCGAAACAUCUAACGACGGUGCACGGCCAUUUGAUACCGUUUCGGUGCAGUACCUGUUUAAUGGUUCUCAGUACACCACGGGACGUAAACGAUCACAUACGUAGCCAUCAGACUCCGCACGGGUGCUUGUACUGCGAUGAAAUGUUCGCAUCGCCAAACGAACUCGACGCUCAUCGUACCCACUGUAACGGGUACGGGUGCGAAGGUUGUGGCCAACAGUUCCCAUUUGUAGGGCAGCUAAGAGAGCACGAAUGCGAUGGUACUUCGAAGCAACAGCAAUCGGUGCAGUUUGUCAACGAUUUGAUCGACGGCAUAGAAAUUUCGCGACCACUGCAGUGUGGUCUUUGCAGCAACGAGUACGAUCAAAGCAGCAAACUAGCGCAACACAUCGAAAAGGAGCAUCCGGCGGCGGCCACAGUAACGCUACACCGGUGUAAUAUUUGCCCUCGAAAAUUUACUUCCAUCGGUGCGACUCGCCACCACCGAGCGUUUCACAAAACCCCAACAACCACCAGCGGAAGUAGCAAACCGGCGCCGGCGUUGGAUGAUCCGAACGAUUGCAUCAUUUGCCUCAAGAGCUUCAAGCUGGAUCGGGAACUGUUGCAGCACCUGGAAACGGACCAUGCAGAAGUGAGCGUGAAAUUGUACCAGUGCUCGAAAUGCGAUCGAAAGUUCACGACGGAGGCAAAACUGCAGAAGCACGACUACAACACGCACCAAGGCCGGCAGCCGCAAUUCUUCUGCUCCUUCUGCGGCCGCCUGUUCACCAAACGGAUCGGUCUGCGCGAUCACGAAAGCACGCAUCGCGGCGUCAGGCGGUAUCAGUGCAAGGAUUGUAACCGCGAGUUUAGCUACAAAAGCUCGUACGACCGGCACGUGCAGGUGGUGCAUAGCGAUGCCAAACAGUUUACGUGCCAGUUCUGCCAGAAGUGCUUCAAACGGAAGGCGACCCUCAAGGUUCACCUCCGAUUGCAUACCGGCGAGAAGCCGUAUCAGUGCGAGUUUUGUAGUUGUCGUUUUGUCGAUCCCAGCUCCUUCCACAGGCAUAAGCAAAAAGAGCAUGGACCCACAACUUAA